UUAUCUUUUUGCGGAUACGUAAAAUCAUGGCGAAUUCCCUUUUAGAAAGUUGCUUUCCUAUGUUGUGAUUGUUCUCUUUUCUUUUUGUUGCUGUGCGUUCUCGGUAAUUGUUUGGCCUCACUCUUUUCGUCUACAUCGUUUUUGGUAUUGGCAGCGAGUUAACAGCUGUCCAGGUCUUUGGGUCUUUGUCUAGGACUCUAGUUCUAUAAAUUCUAUAAUCUUAUUGAACGGGAGCCGGAAUUCGACUGCGGAUUGGUGCCGGACUGGUAAAGUUUGGAAGGUUGGGAAUCAUGAAUUGCAUGCGCAUUACCGCCAUCAAGGCAUCGCCUUCCUUGUCGCACUGUGCAAAAGCUACAUCUUCUGGUGCAAGAUGCUUGAGCACCACUUGCCCUGCGCAGAGCCGUAACAAUCCCCGUUCUCGUCCCAUCACUGUUCUGGAUUUACCUAAGCAUCUACAGAAAUUAUUUAAAGGCGUUCCGGAGUACGAGUAUCCCUUUGGGUUGUACGGUUAUGAUGUGCGACCGACGGGCGUACUUGAUGCCAGCACGGGCAAGUUUCGUGAGAUUCCCGAAAUGAUUCCCGAGUUGGUUAUUCCGGAUUUAACGGAUUUUCCGCUGAAAGCGUACGUUUCCUACCGAGCACAGGAUACGGUGGAACCGGAGCAUUCGGCGCGGGAUCUGUACGAUGCCAUCUACGGGGUGAAAUUGGCCAAAGACUUCGGGGAGGGCAAAAUAGAAGAUCUUGUUUCGGAAACGAUGGAGCGAGCUGAAUUGGGUUUACUUAGGAAACACACAUAUGAUUUGGAGCCACCUCGAAUGUUGGAUACAUCUGUCGUUCCCGUUACAGAAAAAAUAUAAUCGGGAAGCUGUUUCGAUAUUUCUUUAUUGAUUUUGCAUGUUUUAUUGGAGCAACCACUGCUCUGCUGUAUAUCAUGAUGUACUCAUGGUUGUUUUAUUUUGAAAUAAAAAGUUAAAAGAAUGAAAACGUUUGUUGCACCGA